AUGAGACUACAUCAUCUUGGCACAGGAAAGGAAAUGAUUGCUACUUUUGUUUAUGCUAAGUGUGAAGAAGAGGAAAGACUUAAACUAUGGGAUAACAUUUAUCAAAUAGCAACUGAUAUGGUGGUGCCAUGGCUAGUUGGAGGGGAUUUUAAUGUUAUUCUAUUACAGAAGGAAAAGUUGGGGGGCCUACCAGUCACAUUAGCUGAAUGUGAAGAUUUUGCUUUUUGUAUAAAUUCUUGCGAACUAUUUGAUCUUGGUUUUAAAGGUAGUCUAUUCACAUGGUGGAAUGGAAGAUCAGCAGAGGAUUGUAUUUUUAAAAGGCUUGAUAGAAUUUUUGUUAAUGCUCUAUUUCAAGAUACUUUUAAAGAAAUUGAAGUUGAACAUCUAUCAAGAAUAGGAUCAGAUCAUGCCCCAUUAUUAAUGACUUUCGGCAAAGAAUCUGUUAAUAUUCAGAAGCCUUUUAGGUUUCUGAACAUUUGGACUCAACAUGAAUCUUUUCAAACAUUGAAAUUGAAGAAUAUGAAGAGAUUCUUAUCAGUAUGGAGCAGGGAAACAUAUGGGGACAUUUUUAAGCAGGUAGCAAUAAGGGAGGAAGCGGUAAAGAUUAAAAAAGAUCUAUUUGAAGAGGAUCCAAGUAUUGUUAACAAAAUUGUACUGCAAAAAGCUCAAGCUGAGUUAAAAAAAAAUCUAAGUCUGGAAGAACAAUACUGGAAGCAAAGGGCAGGUUUUAACUAG